CUCUUCCUCCAGCGACUCCUCCAGUGUCGCUGGUCGCGUCGACUCGCGACUCUGCGCUGAAAGAUGGCCGCGGUGGAGCAGCGUCCGCCGGCGCGGGAGGGAAUCCGGAUCGCGGUGCUGUGUCUGUUCUGGUACACCGUCAGCUCUGGCGGCAACGUGAUAAAUAAAAUCAUCCUCAACAGCUUCCCCUAUCCCGUCACGGUGUCUCUCUUUCAUAUAGUCUCCAUCAUCGUGUUUCUCCCGCCGCUGCUGCGAGCCUGGGGCGUCCCGCGGACGGAGUUACCGGCCCGCUACUACCGCUGGUUCAUUCUGCCGCUCGCCUUCGGGAAGUACUUUGCCUCGGUCUCGGCCCAUUUCAGCAUAUGGAAGGUCCCGGUGUCGUACGCGCACACGGUGAAGGCCACCAUGCCCAUCUGGGUGGUUCUGCUGUCACGGAUUAUCAUGAAAGAGAAGCAAACCACAAAGGUGUAUGUGUCUCUGAUUCCCAUCAUUGGAGGUGUCCUGUUGGCCACGGUCACUGAACUGUCCUUUGACGCCUCUGGAUUGAUCAGCGCUCUGGCAGCGACGCUCUGCUUCUCUUUACAGAACAUCUUCUCCAAAAAGGUCUUGCGGGACACAAGGAUUCACCACCUCCAGUUACUGAAGAUCCUGGGCUUCAAUGCACUUAUGUUUAUGCUGCCCACGUGGAUUUUAGUGGACCUCUCUUCUUUCCUGAUGGAGGGAGACCUGUCCGAGGUUUCCAACUGGACAGGGACGAUCGUGCUGCUCCUCAUUAGUGGUCUCUGCAACUUUGCACAGAACAUGAUCGCUUUCAGUGUGCUGAACCUAGUCAGCCCACUCAGUUACGCCGUGGCCAACGCAACAAAGAGGAUCAUGGUCAUCAGUAUAUCCCUACUGAUGCUCAGGAACCCAGUCAACACCGCCAACAUAAUCGGCAUGAUGACCGCAAUACUAGGCGUCUUCCUCUAUAAUAAGGCGAAAUACGAUUCCAACCAGGAGGCCAAGAAGAAACUGCUGCCAGUUUCAGCACAGGAUAUGGUUUCAUUCGACAAGCCCCAGUCCAACGGCUCCGGGCCCUUCGCUCACAGCUCAGACUUUCAGCACGGUCGGAGCACAGUGCUCACCGAUCACUUUCAGUACAGCCGGCAGGCCUACACAACCAAUUACAGCUCCAAGCAGUAUGUUGUGUGAGCCGAACACUUUGGAGCACUGAAGAGACUUUGUAGUUUCAGAGGAGACGGGUGAAUCUUUCAUACGGACGAGGAAGUGUCGGAAUGACUGGAAAAGGAAUGUUUACUCACAAAAUCCUACUGCUUUUUUUUUUUUUCUUUACAGGCUUAUUUAUUUCAUUACAAACCCUGUUUUGGUUGUUUUUCUAUUUAGUUCAUGAGGAAAUUCUCAGUGGCAUGAGCAGAUUAUUAUAGGAAGGUGCUGGGAUUUUUUUGGAUCAAGGUUUUUUUUUUGCACAGGGUGCAUUUCAAUGCAGAUUAGAAUGUAAUAUGUCUUGAAUAUGUCUAAUAUGAGUGAGAGACAAACAGCGAGACCUCUGUCAUUUAACAUACACUGGGUCACUACAAAUACAAAUGCAUCAGGGUAUUAGUCAAUGUUCUGGGUUUGCCUUUUAUUUGUAAAUAUUUUAUUUAUUUUUAUAGAGGACGGUGUAUUGGUUGACCAUAUCAUGAAUUGAAAACACCCCUUUUUUCUUUCUUUUUUGUCUAAUAUCUGUGAAGGAAUCACUUUUUUCAUUCUGAGGGUGUUAAAUCGGACGGGUCACUGUUCAAGAUCACUUGAAUCGUGGUUCAUGCAUUCAUAUGUAUGAUUAUCAUAUUUUUUGUAUUUUUAUUUUCUUUUUAUUGACAUGCAGAUGGAAAUUACCAUACAAUGCCCAUAACUUAUGGGUCAGUUUAAUAUGAAAUGUCUGGGAAGGGAAGAUGGAGGUUUCAUAAAGCAGUUUAUUUAAUUUUUUUUGUUUUCUGGAAAUUGACAUUCUGUAAGUUUAAAUUUGCCUUGGUCCCUCAAAAUAAAAGGUUUGAGGACAUUGUUUCAGAACUGUUGAUUCUUUGACACUGAACUCCAUGAGAAUGGUUUUGAUAAAAGGUGCAAUGUUCCUUUCAAUCAGGACAUUUUAGGGUGUAAGAAUCUGUGUACUAAUUUUUUUGAAGAAAAUGUAAUACAAAUUUGUUAAAUGGUGCAAACUAGCCAAAAAAAAUUCUGAAAGGUUUGUGGAAGGAGACCUGCGGCUUGGAGCCUAUUCUAGAUGUUACUGACCAGUUACCUUCUUCGGUCCCUAAUUUAUGCCAGUUUUAGCAAAACGUGUGAGGUGAGAGAUUCGUUUAAUAUUUGUAAGCUAGCUGCUUUUUUUCUCUCUCUUUAUUCUUUUUUAUUUUAGAAGUGUCUUGCUGCUGGAAAGUUAGACACUUUUUUUUUUGUUUUUGGCAAAAAGCAUGCAUGUGUUUGCAUAAAUCUGCAAUGAGAAAAGUAAAAAGUAAAUAUUUUAAGUGUUUUAAAUAGCAUCAUGACAUAUUUCAUGUUGUGUAUUUAGAAAGACUCUGUCUUCAUGUCUCUCUGUAUAUUGUGAAUUUAUUGGAUCGGUUCAGGCAGAUGAAGAUGAAGUGGUUCAUUAACUGAGCAGCCAUGAAGGAAGGCUCUGGGUGUGCUCUCUUCUACUACCUGUUUUUCAGCGGUUGAAGCAUUUUGUUCUCACUUUGUGACCUCACUAGUGUGCCGAUUUGCUUCUCAGUGCUGAUUUCUUCUCCCUGAUUCUUACUGCUUUUAGGUGACUGGUUCUGAUCUGUACAAGAAUCAUUGGGCUGAUGUAGCACAUUCAUUAACAACACAUUGUGUUUAAGCACUGGAGUCCCAAUGCAUCCAAAUGAGAAACAUUUUAAAGCAUUUUUUUGUUUUGUUGUUGUAUUACACAGUAAGUAAUUGUAAACUGAGCCUAGACCCCUAAACCCUGAACUCAGCUCAACAGUACAAAUAUUGCAGUGAUUUUUCCUUCCCAUUCAGAAACUCAUGCACUACUGUAGUACUUGAUGUUUUUUAUUUUAGUUGUUGUUGUUUCUCCAGCUUCAGUAUCUUCAAGCUCUUAGACCCCCUGGAUGAUCGAUGUGUGUCUCUGUAAUCUGACAGUCAUGUUAACUGGGUUUCUUCGUUUGUUUUUCUAUGGUGUGGAAAUGCAUCGUCACACUCUCGGUGUUGAGAUUGUAUUACUUUCAGCCAGUGUUUAUAUAUCAUUUGAUUUUGAAGUUGCCUUGGUACGGUUAAUGUUGCAUUAUUUUCUUGUCAACUUAAAGUUAUAAGAUGACUUAUUUGAAAAUGUGAAAAUAAAGAUGAAUUGAGAAAGUC